AUGAAUACUAAAAAGUAUAGGAACAAUAUUUUAGAUAAUAAAAAUUUUACAUCUGAAGAUAUAAUAAGUUCUGAUGAUAUAGCUAGUUCAGAUAGUAUAACUGGUUCAAAUAAAAGAACUAACUCUGAUAUACUUUCAAGUGAUAAUGAAAACCCAGGCCCAAAAUUUGCUUGGCUUGCAAAAACUGCAAAGUUUAAUAAUAACUUUGUUAUAGAUUGUAAAUAUCUUAAAAAACAAUCAAUUAAAAGACAUAUACAAACUAAAGAUCAUCAAAGAUUAAUAAAAACCCGAGAAGAAUCACAAAUAGGUCUUAAAAAAGCUUUUACUCAACAACUUGGUGCUAGUCAUUUAUCUGUUAUACAAAAUUUGAUAAUUAUUUAUUGGUUAGCUAAGAACCUUAUUGCAACUUAUAAAAUUACUGAUCUUACUUCAUUAACUAAAUAUCAUAUUAAGAGUAAUCUUGAAGAAGUAUAUACUUUUGAAGAUAGCUAUGCUCUUAAUUAUCCAUUAUUAGAAUCAUUAGAAGAAUGUUGUGCAGAUUAUGGAAGUUAUUCUAAUACUUAUGCAGCUUGA